AUGUCUACUGUAUAUCUUAAUACAUUACCUAUUGAAAUUCUUUAUCAUAUUAUUGAUUAUCUUGAUAUUGAAACAAUUUUCUUUUCAUUUCGUUCUGUUUGUAAACGAUUCUAUUCGAUUGUAAAUUCUUAUAAUAAUUAUGAUUUUAAUUUUGAAUCAAUAUCAAAAUCAAAUUUUAAUAUUAUCUGUCGAAUGAUUCCAUUUGAACAAGUUAUUUCAUUAACAUUAUCGAAUAAAGAUAAAACUCAUGGUCAAAUACCAUUAUUUCUUUCAUUAUUUAAUCUUACUCAGUUUAAUCGAUUACGUUCAUUAAAACUCAUUCAAAUUGAAGAUAAUGAUUUAAAACUAUUUUUAAAUUCUAUUAUUCAUUUAUCAUCAUUAAUUUCUUUCUCAAUUGAUUUACAAACAUUAAAUAUUCGUAAAAAUACUUCAUUAAAUCUUCUAUCAUCAACUAUAAAUGAUCAUUCAUUUCAACAACUUGAUUUAAAUAUGUGGCCAAAAGAUAUGACUGAAUUUCAAUGGUCUAUUAAUUCUACUAUAAAUUAUCUUCGAAUUCGAAAUAGUAUAACAAUCAAACAAUUCUAUAUUAUUCUUCAACAUUGUCCUUGUUUACAAACAAUGAUUUUAAAAGAUUUUAAUAUUGAUGAUAAUAGUGAAUAUGUUCCAACAGAUCUAAAAUUUCUUCAAUUAAAAUCUUUAACAUGUAUCAAUGGUCGUAUCGAAAUGUCUAAAAUUGAACAAUGUCUUUCAUUAAUACCAGAACUUAUUCAUCUGAAAUUAAUUGGUCAUGGAAGUUUAUUUAAUUCAACAUUUGAUGGUUAUCGAUGGGAACAAAUUUUUCUAGAUAAAUUACCAUUAUUAAAUAAAUUUGAAUUUUUUAUUUCAGUUUUAACUGAUGUUCAUUUUGAUACAAAUAAUAUUGAACAAAUAACUUCAUUUUUUCAAACACCGUUUUGGCUUAAUGAUAAACAAUGUUUUGUUAUAUGUGAUUAUAUUAUUUAUUUACAUAAACUUAUACUUUAUUCAAUACCCAUAUGUCAUAAUCAUUUUGAAUAUUAUUCAAAUUUAAAUAAAGUUUCGGCUUCAAAUUUUCUACUGAAAGAUAAGAAUUCAAUAAUAAUGAAUAAUAUUAAACAAUUAGAUUUAGAUUUAAGUCAAAUUAUAAAUAAUAAUGAAAAUUCUUUAUUAUUUCAAAAUACUAAUGAAUUAAUUAUUGGAAUUAAUGGUGAAUGGCCAAAAGAUUCGUUAACAUUUCUUUCAACAACAAUUAAUCUUCUAAAUCUUGUUAAACUUUCAUUAUCUGUUCAUUUUUCUCAUGAAUAUAUGCCAAGUAUUAUUUCCGGUACAAAUAAAUUACUUAAAUAUGCAGUUAAUAUUCAUACAUUAGCUUUAUUUGAUUAUUUAGCUCCAAAUAAUUGUACAACAAAUAUGGAAACAGUAUGUUUAAUAUUAACUUCAAAUAUAAAACAUUUACAUAUUCGAGUAAAAAAUAGUGAUGAUAUGAAAUAUAUUAUUGAUAAUGUUAAAUAUUUAAAAAGUGUUACAUUUGAAUAUCCACAAAAUUUCAUGUUUCAUCAUCAAGAUUGUAUUGAUUAUUUAUCUGUUUUAAAAGAAGUUUCAUCAAUAUGGGAAUGUCAAUAUGCUUUACAUGUAUGGUUGAGUCAAAAUUAA